GUUUCCUUUGUGGAAGAGCCGUUGCGCAUUUCCGGUGGAAGCGCUGAGGCGAGGGGGUGGAGUUUGCAGAGCCGGUGGGCGGUAGGCGGUGUUACCGGUAGCUGGGUGCAGUCCAAAGGCGCCUGGGCGUUGUUAGGGGAGCGAGCUGUGACCGGUUGGGCCGCACUUAGCGUGGGACGAAGCUUCAGCUGCUGUUUGACUCCGUGCGGACUCCCCUUGAUGUCGGCCCUCGAAAAGAGCAUGCACCUCGGCCGCCUGCCUUCUCGCCCUCCUUUACCUGGCAGCGGGGGCAGUCAGAGCGGAGCCAAGAUGCGAAUGGGCCCUGGAAGAAAGCGGGACUUUUCUCCUGUUCCUUGGAGUCAGUACUUUGAGUCCAUGGAAGAUGUAGAAGUAGAGAAUGAAACUGGCAAGGAUACUUUUCGAGUUUACAAGAGUGGUUCAGAGGGUCCAGUCCUGCUUCUUCUGCAUGGAGGAGGCCAUUCUGCUCUUUCCUGGGCUGUGUUCACAGCAGCAAUCAUUAGUAGAGUUCAGUGUAGGAUUGUGGCUUUGGAUCUGCGAAGUCAUGGUGAAACGAAAGUCAAGAAUUCUGAAGACCUGUCUGCAGAAACAAUGGCAAAAGAUGUCGGCAAUGUGGUUGAAGCCAUGUAUGGGGAUCUCCCUCCUCCAAUUAUGCUGAUUGGACAUAGCAUGGGCGGUGCUAUUGCAGUUCACACAGCAUCGUCUAACCUGGUGCCAAGCCUCCUGGGUCUGUGCAUGAUUGAUGUUGUGGAAGGUACAGCCAUGGAUGCACUUAAUAGCAUGCAGAAUUUCUUACGUGGUCGUCCUAAAACUUUCAAGUCUCUGGAGAAUGCUAUUGAAUGGAGUGUGAAAAGUGGCCAGAUUCGAAACCUGGAGUCUGCCCGUGUCUCAAUGGUUGGCCAAGUCAAACAGUGUGAAGGAAUUACAAGUCCAGAAGGCUCAAAAUCUAUAGUGGAAGGAAUCAUAGAGGAAGAAGAAGAAGAUGAAGAAGGAAGUGAGUCAGUAAAUAAGAGGAAAAAGGAAGAUGACAUGGAGACCAAGAAAGACCAUCCAUAUACGUGGAGAAUUGAACUGGCAAAAACGGAAAAAUACUGGGAUGGCUGGUUCCGAGGCUUAUCCAAUCUCUUUCUUAGUUGUCCUAUUCCUAAAUUGCUGCUCUUGGCCGGUGUUGAUAGGUUGGAUAAAGAUCUGACCAUUGGCCAGAUGCAAGGGAAGUUCCAGAUGCAGGUUCUCCCCCAGUGUGGCCAUGCAGUCCAUGAGGAUGCCCCCGACAAGUGUGUUUCCUGGCUGUUAGCGACCUGCUAUCUGCUCUUCCCCAACAUUGAGCUCUGUUGUAAAUACAUCGCACCAGAGGCCACUGUGAUGCCGCUGUCUCCUCACCAUCCCGCCCGGCCAUGUGACACCGGCUCCCUGUAGACGGGCAUCCCCAGAUGUACAAACCCUUUUGUGUAUUCCUGCCAAAAGCACUGUUUUCCAGGGCCCUUGACCAACAUCGGCCUCCCUACUCCAGGGCUCCCCAGCUCCUACCCCUUCCUUAUGCAGGAGCAGCCCCUGCCUGUUCUCCCUGCCUUGCCUAAGGUGAAGCCUCCAUCAGAGCUCCCCCCACUUGGCCCCUGUUCCUGGUAUUAGGCAAUGCAUCUGGGUCCAAAUGUCUCCCCUAGGCUCAAGGACCUCCAUUCCUUGAGAUUGUUCUUCGUGUGGUCCUGCCAUACCUUAAGGGGUGGACAAUGCACAGGGUGGUCCUUAUUUUUCCCUUUCAAAUAAAACACCAAUCAGGUACCUUUUUAUCCCAGUCUUACUCUUUCAAGUUUGGAAGACCCAGAGAAGCCAGGAUCCCAUCCUUAGGUACAGGGAGGGGUGGUGGAUAGCAUCACAAGAAACCAGGCUGAAAAUCAGGUCCAGCCAGUCCAAGCACAUGGCCUCCCAUCUGGGAAAGCCCACUGUCCCACUCCCACAUGUCUGGGCACCUGCCCUGGGCUGAGGCCAGGCUGCUCUAGGGGCCUCUUGAGCCCUCACCUGCUAUUGAGCAACCCAGGUUAAAUACAGCCCAUGCACAAAGUCACAGGCUAAAGCCUGUGGAAGUGUUUUUAAUAAUCAAAUUUAACCAUUUUCAUAAUUGGUUCCUGGAGGUGUGCAGAGUGUUGGCUUGCCUCUUCUAGACCCACAGCUUCUCUUCGCCAUUUGUGAUUUCCAUGUCACUCUUCAUAGAAACAUUACAGCCUAGCAUUCCCAGUCUUUGCCCUCUUCCAGCUGCCCCAUCACAGCACUGCAGCCUCCUCCUGCUGUCCUGGCACGCCAUUUCCAAGGGCAGGGAGGGGCAGUCUCCUGAAGCCCAUCUUUUCUGUGACUGUCUUAGGUGAUGCGUAGCCCCCUCCAACUUUCCACCCAACAACUUCCUAUCCCUGUCCUGCUGCAUGGUCCGGAGUCUGGGACCUAUUUUGUUUCUUUGUUAUUUAUGACGUUGUGUAAAGAAAAUAAAUAUCUCCCAACCUUUA